GUUCGGGGCGCCACCUGGCCGGAAAGCGCCUUGAAUAAACUACACCUUGGCUCUUAUAUAUCUUCAAAAUACUGCUGUUUCAAUUGUUUUUUGAAGCUUGGAGCGAAGCGUUUAUUUACUUUCUCUUGAUUGAUCUGACAUAUAUACUGAGCUACACGAACCCGGGGAACGUUUCACCUUAGGCCAACGCCGAGUACACGCCUUCUUCCUGAAUUCGAUUCAUUCGGACCCUGUUGACAAUAUUUGUCUGCUCUUUCUUUCAUUGAACCUCACAGCCUUGCAAUUGAUGACUUUAGAAAUGAUGAGCUUAUGAAAAGAUCUGACCAGACGAAAACACUCAUCUCACUCAACUGACCGGUCAUGACCUAAUUUGUACCCGUCUUGUCGCCCUGCCCCUCCACCAGGACGAGAGCUCACCAUGGCCGAUCAAUCUUCUUCAAAACCAUCCGCCGCUGUCCCUGAACAACGUCUCCUCGCAGACGAACCAGAUUCGGACCAUGAUAUCACCCCCAAAGCAACACCGGGUCCUUCCCAGAGCCGUGAACCCCCAGAACAAUCCUCUCCCCGGAGCCCGGUAGCUCGCCUCAAGGAAUCCCUCAACAAAGCUCGCCCCGCGCUCUUCGGCGACCACCUCACAAACCCCUUCGAGUACGAUGAUGAUGACAAUACCUCGGAGAAAGAGCUGUUGCUAGACCCCAACCUGCCCGCCAAUUACGAAGACCGUCACCGGCCUUUGCCCCGGCACCCACCAUCAUCUGUCCGCUCUCACAAACGCCCUUCCCACGAUGACGGGGACGCAGCCGACGCCUUGGAGCUCGACUCACUCAACUCUCAAGACCCAUUAGAGACGUCCGACCACGAAGAAGAAGUCGAGAAUUCGCCCUACCCCGAGGUCCGCGCUGCUGUCUCACCAUACGAUGACCCAACGCUACCAUGCAACACCAUCCGUGCCUGGACCAUUGGCCUCUCGCUCAUCUUUCUCGGCGCAAGCAUGAACACCCUCUUUUCUCUUCGCUCACCAUCCAUCUCGUUGGGUGCCCUCAUCGCCCAGGUCAUUGCGUGGCCGCUGGGUCACGGCUGGGCAAGAUUUGUCCCGGACUAUCAUGUCAAGAUCCCGUUUGUCAAGCAGAAACUCCGUCUCAACCCCGGCGGGUUCAACAUCAAAGAACACGCCAUCAUUGUCGUCAUGGCGAGUGUUUCUUUUGGUGUUGCCUACGCCACUGAUAUUAUUCUCGCUCAAAAGGUGUUUUACAAGCAGGAUUUUGGGCUGAUGUGGCAGCUCCUCUUGACCAUCUCAACCCAGAGCCUGGGGUAUGGGAUCGCGGGAAUGAUGAGACGGUUUUUGGUCUAUCCAGCCGGCAUGAUCUGGCCUGGGAACUUGGUUAGUGUUACGCUUAUGAAUGCCAUGUACGAGGAAGAGGAAACGAAAGGGGGAGAGGGAGAUGGGACGGUGCAUGGCGGGAAAGGGGUGGGUGUAGGGGGGAGUAUGCCUAGGUAUAGGUGGUUUUCGGUCGUGACGGCGGUGGCAUGCGUGUAUUAUUUUGUGCCAGGGUUUUUGGCGCAGUUUCUGAGCAGCUUUGCGUUUGUUACUUGGACGGCGCCCGAGAAUGCGGUAGUGAAUCAGUUGUUUGGGUACAGUACUGGGCUGAGUCUGUUGCCCAUUACGUUUGACUGGACGCAGAUUAGUGGGUUUGUCGGGAGUCCUUUGAUUCCGCCUUGGCACGCGAUAGCAAACACCAUGAUCGGUGUGCUGACGUUCUUUGUGUUCCUGGCAGCGACGCUGCACUAUAGCGGGGCGUGGUACUCGUGGUACUUGCCAAUGAGCGACUCGAAUACGUAUGACAACACGGGGAAGCAGUAUGAUGUUUCGAGGGUGCUGUCGCCAGACUAUAGGUUGGAUGAGGAGGCGUAUAAGAAUUAUUCGCCUCUGUUUUUGAGCACCACGUUUGCGCUGUCAUAUGGGUUGUCGUUUGCGGCGAUCACGAGCUUGAUUGUGUAUACGUAUUUGCACCAUGGGAAGACGAUUUGGAGGCAGUAUAAGAGCAGUACGACGGAGAAGGCGGAUAUUCAUAUGAAGCUGAUGAGGAGGUAUAAGGAGGCGCCGACGUGGUGGUAUACGAGUCUGUUUGGGCUGAUGCUUGGACUCGGCUUCUUGACCGUGUUGGCAUGGCCGACGAACAUGACUUGGUGGGCGUUCUUGUUGGCGGUCUUCAUCUCCUUCGUCUUCUCGUUACCAAUCGGUAUCAUCCAGGCUGUGACAAACAACCAGAUUGGCCUGAAUGUUCUGACGGAGUUUGUCUAUGGGUAUAUCCAGCCUGGACGGCCAUUGGGUCUCAUGAUCUUCAAAACCUUUGGCUACAUCACCAUGUCCCAAGCCCUCACCUUCGUCUCCGACCUCAAAUUCGGCCACUACAUGAAGAUCCCACCCCGCACCAUGUUCAUGGCCCAAGUCGUAGCCACCACCUUCUCCUGCUUCGUCCAAGUCUUCACCCUUAACUACGCCCUCAACUACAUACCCGGUGUCUGCACCCCCACCCAACCAGAACACUUCAGUUGUCCCGGAGGAAAAGUCUUCUUCUCCGCCUCAGUCAUCUGGGGUCUCAUCGGCCCGGCCAGGAUCUUCUCCCCCGGACAAAUCUACUCCUCCCUCUUCCUCUUCUUCAUCCUCGGCGCCGUCACACCAGUGGUGAUUUAUCUCCUCGCCCGACGACGCCCAAAGUCAUGGUUACGCUUCCUCAUGGCACCACUUAUCUUUGGAGGAGCCGGCUCGAUCCCACCGGCUACGCCAUUGAACUAUCUAAGCUGGGGGAUUGUAGGGUUUGUGUUCCAGUAUUGGAUCAAGAAGAAGCAUUUUGGUUGGUGGUCGAGGUUGAAUUUCUUGACGUCUAGUGGGUUGGACUUGGGGCUGGCGCUGGCAACGCUGGUGAUCUUCUUUGUGUUUACGCUGAAUGAGAUUGAUCCGCCGAAGUGGUGGGGGAACGAGGUUGUCACGGGCACGGUGGAUUAUAAGGGGACGGCGGUGCAGAUGAGGGUUGGGGCGGGGGAGAGUUUUGGGCCUACGACGUGGUAGUAGUAUAGUAGUGGGAUACCUACACUUGGAAGCUAUUCACAUCCAUGGCGUAUAGACGAAGAGCUAAAGUCACCUCACGAGGUGUGAGUGGAGCAGGCC